AUUGUCCGGAUAGAUGUCUGCCUCUCUCCCAUAAGGAACGAACUCUAUAUAGAUUGUCUUCAGAGGCUCUCUCUCUCUCUCUCUCUCUCUCUCUCUCUCUCUCUCAACCGUUCAAUGAGUGGGGAGGGUAAGCAACCAAAAUCGGCAGCCGCUGAAGAGCUGCUGAAUCGACUGCAGCAAGGGCUUAUACCAGAUGAGGAGCUCAGGAGGCUGGUCAGGGUCGAAGUAGCAAGGCGUCUCAAAUGGGGUUACAAACCUACUUAUGAGGAGCAGCUCGCCCAAGUCCUUGAUUUAACUAAGUCUCUACGAAAAAUGAACAUUGCAAAUGAGAGUGAGGCACUAAACUCAAGUGGUAUGAGGUACCGAUGUCUUUCCUCAAGUUAAUCUUUGGAAAGGCUCUCAAGCAGAGUUGUUGUUACUUUAAGGGUGAAUCGACGACACUGGAUGAAGCUGAGAUUGCAAUGCUUGAUCUAUGCGGCGAAAGGGCACAAAUACAAGAUGGUCAAACCAUCCUUGAUCUUGGCUGUGGACAAGGACCAUUUACUUUACACGUUGCUCAGAAGUAUAAAAAUUGCCGUAUUACAGCCAUUACCAACUCAAUCUCUCAGAAAGACUACAUAGAGGAGCAAUGCAAGAACCUUCAGCUAUUGAAUGUCGAGAUUAUAUUAGCAGAUGUAUCAAAGCUUGAAAUGGAGGCUACGUUUGAUAGGAUAGUAGUUAUUGGAUUACUCGAGCACAUGAAGAACUAUGAGUUAUUUCUAAGAAAGGCAUCCCAGUGGAUGAACCAUGACAGCCUUCUUUUUGUGGAGCAUGCAUGCCAUAAAACCAUGGCUUAUGGGAAUGAGCCUAUUGAUGACGAUGAUUGGUACACGGACUAUAUGUUCCCUGGCGGGACAUUCAUCAUGCCAUCGUCCUCACUUCUUCUAUAUUUCCAGGAUGAUCUGUCAGUUGUUGACCAUUGGAUUCUCAACGGGAAGCAUUUUGGACGCAGCAUGAAAGAAUGGUUGAAGAAUAUGGACUCUAAUAUGAAUGCCAUAAAGAAAAUAACGGAGUCUUCUACUGGCAAUGUGGAAGAGGCAAUGAAAAUAAUAAUCUAUUGGCGAAUUUUUUUCAUUGCCGAAGGCGAGGUAUUUGCACAUAAUGAUGGGGAAGAAUGGAUGUGUUCUCAUGUUGUCUUUAAGAAGAAAUGAUUUUGAGUUCAAUAGGAACUGCUGGAUUGUUCUUUUUUCUCUUUAAAAAAACCUGGCAUUAUGGAGUUAAUGGCAUUUGGUACUUGAACAAAUGAUUUCAUGGGUGCAAUAGUAUGGUUGAAUUCUCUGGUUUUUCA